AUGAUUGGGUCACAAGUGCCGUUUGAGCAUCAUCAUGAUCAAGAAUCACAGAUUACCACUCCAUUACUAGAGUCUCAAGAUAAUAAAGAGAAAGAAAGUCCAAUACUUAACUGUAUGCUUGCAGGUGGGUUUGGUGGUGCUGUUGGUGAUUCCGUAAUGCAUUCAUUAGAUACCGUUAAAACUCGUCAACAAGGUUCACCAACUACAACAAAAUACAAAAGUAUGUUUAAUGCAUAUAGAAGUAUAUUUGUGGAAGAAGGUAUAAGACGAGGACUUUAUGGAGGUUAUGGAGCUGCUAUGUUGGGAUCUUUACCAAGUACAGCUAUUUUUUUUGCAACUUAUGAAACUACAAAAAGAUUAAUGAUUCACGAUUGGCAACUUAAUGAUACAUUAGCUCAUCUUACUGGUGGGUUUUUAGGUGAUUUUGCUUCAAGUUUUGUUUAUGUUCCAAGUGAGGUUCUCAAGACAAGAAUGCAAUUACAAGGUCGUUUUAAUAAUCCAUUUUUCCAAUCAGGUUAUAAUUAUAGAGGUUUAUUUGAUGGUUUCAAAACUGUGAUUAAAACGGAAGGACCUGGAACUUUAUUUUAUGGUUAUAAAGCUACAUUAUGUAGGGAUUUACCAUUUUCAGCAUUACAAUUUGCAUUUUAUGAAAAAUUUAGAGAAUAUGCCUUCUUUACAAAAGGUUUAAAUUCAAAAGUUGAUGAUUUAACUAUAGAUUUAGAAUUAUUAACAGGUGCUGCUGCAGGUGGUCUUGCAGGUACUUUAACCACACCAUUAGAUGUUAUUAAAACAAGAAUACAAACACAAAACCCAUCCACUAUACCAUCACCUCAUUCAACUUCUUCAUCAAUUCAUAUACAACAACCACAACAACAAAAUAAUCAAUCACAACAUUCAAGUAAUAAUAAAAUCAAAUCACCAACAAAGAUCCCAUCCAAGAAUUAUACAAUUCCAUCAACUGCUCAACCUGCUAUUUUAAACACAUCUUCAAUUAUUAGAGGGUUAUCAAUAGUUUAUAAAACUGAAGGUAUAGUAGGAUUAUUUAGUGGUGUUGGUCCAAGAUUGGUAUGGACAAGUGUUCAAAGUAGUAUUAUGUUAUUACUUUAUCAAGUUGCAUUAAGAACAUUAGAUAAUAAUAUACCGAAAGAUGGUACAUUUAAAUAG